GUGGCAAUGAGAAAGAGCAUCUUUUUGGCUGAAAGGAGACAUUUAGAAAGGAUGUUUCUGAUUUUUUGUUUUCAUUUAUUUUUGUCUUCGCAGAAUAUAAUCAAAUGAGGUACCUUAGUCAGCUUGGUAAUUGCUUCGGGUCUUGUAAUCAUCUGUGUAGCAAAGUGGGUAAAAUCAUUCAAUUUCUUCCCUGCUGGACCUGGAAGGAGAGGGGUUGUGUGUUCAUCCCCACCCAUUAGCUAUGCCCUCUUUUCUCCGAAUGUCGAUUUAAGGAAGCAAGCACCUGUCUUCUGCCACUGCAUCUUCCUAGCAAACUUUAAAGGCCAUUUUAUCUGAUAGGAAGAACAUCGAGAAUGCUCUGAUCUAGUGAUGAAGAAUCUCGGAGUCGACACUUUUCCCAUCCUGACACAAUGCACUUUAAUUGAAGAAACACUGAGCUGAACUACAAGUCUAUCUCUUAUGGUGCUGGAUUACUCCUACAGAACUGCCCUGAGAUCAACCGUGAGAGAGGGCUCUGACAGACACAAGUCACCUUCUGGUUAUUGCACUUAGCUCUCCCUGGGGACUUAAAUUUUGGCAGUGUUCCUCUUUACAUGAUAUCCUCCAAGAUGAUGAGUUCUAAUCCCGAGGAAGACCCUUUGGACACAUUUCUCCAGUACAUUGAGGAUAUGGGGAUGAAGGCCUAUGAUGGCUUGGUUAUUCAGAAUGCAUCAGAUAUUGCGCGAGAGAACGAUCGCUUGAGAAAUGAAACUAACCUGGCCUAUUUGAAAGAGAAGAAUGAAAAACGCCGAAGACAAGAAGAAGCAAUAAAACGCAUAGGUGGAGAAGUAGGGCGAGGCCACGAAGGGAGUUACGUGGGCAAACAUUUCCGCAUGGGAUUCAUGACAAUGCCUGCUCCUCAGGACAGACUCCCCCAUCCUUGCUCCAGCGGCUUUUCUGUGAGAUCACAGUCCCUGCACUCAGUUGGGGGUACGGACGAUGACAGCAGCUGUGGCUCACGGAGGCAACCACCACCCAAGCCCAAGCGGGACCCCAGCACCAAGCUGAGCACCUCAUCAGAGACGGUCAGCAGCACUGCAGCCAGUAAAAGCGGGAAACCCCCUGAGAGGACUGAAGUGUCAGCUAAACCAAGACCCCACAGUGAUGAAUAUUCCAAGAAGAUUCCUCCUCCCAAACCGAAGCGGAAUCCGAACACUCAGCUGAGCACAUCUUUCGAUGAAACGUACAUCAAAAAGCACGGGCCCCGGAGGACAUCGCUGCCGCGGGACUCCUCCCUGUCCCAGAUGGGCAGCCCCGCGGGAGACCCCGAGGAAGAGGAGCCCGUGUACAUCGAGAUGGUGGGGAACAUUCUCAGAGACUUCAGGAAGGAGGACGACGACCAGAGCGAGGCUGUCUACGAGGAAAUGAAGUACCCCAUCUUUGACGACUUGGGCCAAGACACCAAAUGUGACUUUGACCAUCACAGCUGUUCUUCGCAGUGUGCUACUCCCACGGUGCCUGACUUGGACUUUGCCAAGGCCUCAGUGCCAUGCCCCCCCAAGGGGCUGCUUUGUGACAUCCCCCCGCCCUUCCCCAACCUGCUUUCUCACAGACCCCCUCUGCUGGUAUUCCCCCCCGCCCCCGUACAUUGCUCCCCCAACUCCGACGAGUCCCCGCUCACCCCUCUGGAGGUCACGAAGCUUCCCGUGCUGGAAAACGUGUCUUACAUGAAACAGCCGGCGGGGGCGUCACCCUCCGCGCUGCCGUCCCACGUCCCCAGCCAUGCGAAACUGGAGAAAGAGCAGGCCGCGGCCCUGGGACCUGCCUCUGCCACCCCUGCGCUCUCCUCGUCGCCCCCGCCCCCGUCCACGCUGUACCGAACCCAGUCUCCCCACGGCUACCCUAAAAGCCACUCCACCUCUCCCUCCCCCGUCAGCAUGGGGAGGUCCCUGACUCCCCUGAGCCUCAAAAGGCCUCCCCCUUAUGACGCUGUGCAUUCGGGCAGCCUCUCAAGGAGCUCUCCUUCAGUGCCUCACUCGACCCCCAGACCCGUGUCGCAAGAUGGGGCCAAGAUGGUCAACGCCGCGGUGAACACCUACGGGGCUGCCUCGGGUGGCUCCCGGUCCCGGACACCCACGAGCCCGCUGGAGGAACUGACCAGCCUGUUCUCCUCCGGCCGCAGCCUGCUACGCAAGUCGUCCAGUGGCCGGCGCUCCAAAGAGUCUGCAGAGAAAUCAACAGAGGAACUGAAAGUCCGAAGCCACAGCACGGAGCCAUUACCAAAGUUGGACAACAAGGAAAGAGGCCACCAUGGGGCGUCUUCCUCCAGAGAGCCUGUCAAAGCUCAGGAAUGGGACGGAACACCAGGGCCACCUGUGGUCACCAGUAGACUGGGAAGAUGCUCUGUGAGCCCCACCUUGUUGGCAGGAAACCACAGUUCAGAGCCUAAAGUAAGCUGCAAAUUAGGCCGGUCUGCGUCGACGUCAGGUGUGCCUCCUCCAUCAGUCGCUCCUCUCAGGCAAACCAGUGACCUGCAACAGAGCCAGGUACCAUCAUCGUUAGCCAAUCGUGAUUGA